UGAGGCGGCGUGCGCAUGGUGCAACAUUAUAAAUCAGAGCACAGCAACAGGCUACAUGUGUUUACACCGCCGACAGCUCUGGUAGUCUGGUUCGUGGUGCUUCUUUGGCAUUGAAUUGACAGCUCGUUUCUGCAUUCAGCGCCCUAUCAUCAUGCAGAAGGGUCACAGGAGACAGGCCAGUAUUGAAUUCCUGGAGUUGAUGGGAGUCGUGAAGGAGAAUGGCAGUGAUCAGACGUCCUUUCCUCCUGUGCACACUCCGCUCUCAUAUGACUAUGUGCUGGUGGCCAAAACACUGGAAAACCAAGAGACACACGCCUACAAGAAACAGACAAAAUUUAUUGAAGAGUUAAAAAAGAAGAAUCUCAAAGUUACAAAAAUUAUAGAUGAGGAUCUGGUCUUUUAUGGGAUUCAAGCGCCAAAAGAGAUUUUUGAUAGGUACAGGUAUCUACUGAAAGUGUCUGACGCCUGUAACUGGAGCUCGGACCAAAACAAUGUGCCCCUCAGCACCAGGAUAAGGAUUGUCCAUUUCAUUCUGAAUCACACUGAACUGCCUAACACGGGAGAGGGCAUACGAGAUCUAAUGAAGAUGAAGGUUUUUGAGGCUAAAUUCUGUUUACAUGAGAAAAAGAAACAAAGGGAGCUGAAGGAAAACUGGGCUCGAUGGACAGCCUGUCUCCAAGGGCAACCCAUAACUGCUGUCAGGAACUACUUUGGGGAGAAAGUGGCCCUCUACUACCUGUGGCUGGGCUGGUACACGUAUUUGCUCAUCCCACCUGCUGUCAUUGGGGUCAUUGUGUUUCUCUAUGGACUGGCCUUCUUCAACACUUCACCCUUAAUAAAGGAGGUGUGUGAGUCAGACACAGUCAUGUGUCCUCUUUGUGAUAAAAGAUGUAAAGUCUGGAUGCUCUCUGAAACCUGCACUUAUGCCAAGGUGACACUUCUCUUUGACAACAAUGGCACUGUGUUCUUUGCGAUGUUCAUGGCAAUUUGGGCAACUCUGUUUCUUGAGUUUUGGAAGCGUCAUCGUGCAUGUUACGUCUGUGAGUGGAAAGUGUCAGACUGGUCAGAAGAGGAGGAGGAACUGAUCCUGCAAAUCGUGAACAAUGUUAACUGUGAACCCCGAAAGUACAAGCACUCUUACCUGCGAAGUACACUAGUUUUGAUCUGUGUGACAUUAAUGAUUCUGGUCAUCAUUGGUCUGACUCACGCCUUGGUGGUUUUUCGAGUGAUUGCGGCUGUGUUUUUGGCUGAAGGAUCGGAGUUUCUGAGCACACACUCCAACAGUGGGGCCAUGAUGUUGGGGGCUCUUUUUCAUUAUGUCAUCAUUAUUGUCAUGACAAGGAUAAACAGGAUUGUAGCCAUGAAGCUGUGUGAAUUAGAGAAAACCAGAUCAUUUGCUGAAACUGAAAGAAGCUUCACCAUCAAGAUGUUCACCUUUCAGUUCUUCACUUAUUUCUCCUCACUCUUUUAUGUGGCAUUUUUUCUUGGCAGAAUAAACGGUCAUCCUGGUGGUUACGUGCGCAUAGCAGGAAUAUGGAGACUUGAAGAGUGUCACCCCAGUGGAUGUCUGACUGACUUGUUUAUCCAAAUGGCAUUUAUAAUGGUACUGAAGCAAACCAUUAGCAAUGUCUUUGAGUUCACUGGCCCGUGGUUUUCACGCUGGUUGAAGAGGAGAAGGACACAGAAACUGCAGAGAAAAUGUGGUCACUGUUAUCACAAAGAUGACACCCUGGACUCUGGGUCUGAACUGUGUGAAAGCUGCAAACUUCGAGACUGGCUCAGCAACUACCGCCUCAAUGAUGUUGACUCUUUCAGCCUUUUCAAUGAGUUUCUGGAGAUGGUGAUCCAAUUCAGCUUCACCACUAUUUUUGUGGCUGCAUUUCCUCUUGCUCCUCUACUUGCACUCCUCAAUAACAUCAUAGAGAUACGGUUGGAUGCUAUUAAGAUGGUCACUCUGGAGAGAAGACUUGUCCCAAAGAAGACCAAUGACAUAGGUGUAUGGAUACAUGUGCUUGAAGCUAUUGGAGUUUUAGCUGUUAUUGCAAAUGGACUGGUCAUUGGAGUAUCAUCAGACUUCAUUCCUCGACUGGUGUACCGUUACCUCUAUGGUCCCUGUGCCAAUGGAACAGCUACAGAUACUGAUUGUAUGGAGGGAUACAUCAACAACACCCUUUCUAUAGCACAUGUCAAAGACCAGGGCAUAUACAAUGAGUUCUCAGCAAGUCAAAUGGUGACCCCUAGUGGGAUGAAUGUCUCGUAUUGCAGCUAUAAAGACUAUCGGAGCAAUGAAGAUUACAGUCUGACCCCUCAGUACUGGUUAAUUUUGGCAGUGCGGUUUGCAUUUGUCAUCUUGUUUGAGCAUGUUCUUGUCAUCUGUAAAUUCAUAGCAUCCUGGUUCAUUCCAAGCGCUCCUAUGGAAGUAAAAAAUGACAAAUUGUUUGAUAAACUCAACCGGCUGAAAGAGGAACUCAAGUCAUUUGAAGCAUAAUAGCCUUAUGACCCUGUUGCCUUGUGCAUUAAAAUGUGUUGACAGUCAAUGCAAAAUGCGUGGCUGGGCUGUGAAGUAUUCACAGUGUCCUGGGUUACGAUCUGAUAUGAAAUACAGGCCAAUGGACUCACAAUGUGAAACACUCUUAAACUGUAUUAAGUGCUCAGUUACAGCUUUGGGCAGGGCGAGUAUACGCUUUUUCAAGGAUGCAAUGAUUGUAUACUGCUGAAUCCCUAUACUCUGUAAUGUGCUUUUUGAAGGUUUACAUUUUUAUACUGCUCUUGCACUGUACGUUAUUACAGUGUUGCCUUAUUUAGUUUGAGCCUUGUGAUACAGUGUCAUGGUAAAUGGUCACAUUUUUAUAUAGUGCUUUUCCACCUUUGAGGCACUCAAAGCGCUUUUCAUCAAGUGUCAUUACUGCCAUGCCAAUUAAUGUAAACUACUGAAGUAUGUUUUUUGUUUUGUUUUUAUUAUUUAAAUUAUAUGUUGAUUAAAAUAUAUUUCUGUCCUGGUCA